GGGACAGCGAGUAUUAACAACAUGCACGAAGGCGUAUCUAUUCACGGAAAUGUGUAGCGGGAGGAUAUUAAUAUCUACUCGAGACUGAAAACAGCGGCGGUCCCCAUUUGCCAGAAAGUAACGCUGAAUUUAAAGGCUUUAAGAUGUCAAUGAAGAACAGUCAGCUUUAUGGGACUCUAGCAGGAUGAUUAAAUCAGUGGUUUGGGUACUGAUAUUCAUGAAUCUCUGUUUAAAUGUUUUCAGUCAGCUGGAAGCGCCACAGAAUGUGAGUUUAAUUUCAGAAAACUUUCGGUAUAUUGUGACAUGGAAACCAGGAGCUGAGUCACCCCCAGACACACGAUACACAGUUGAGGCCUGCAACUUGAAUGCUAAAGGGAUAUUCACUCCAGUGAAAAAAUGCGCCAACAUUACAAAACUGUCAUGUGACCUAUCGCAGAGGUUCAAGUCUUUUUCCAGCCUUUACUGGGUUCGUGUUAAGAGUGUCACAAACCAGACUGAAUCUACGUGGAUGGAAUCGAAUGAGCUUCUGCCCAACCGUGACACCAUCUUGGGUCCCCCAGUUAUUCGUGUGAAGAGCAAUAUCCAAACCAUUGAAGUUACGCUUGACAUGCCUCUGACACCACACAAGCAAGGAGACAAUAAACUAAAAACAUUGAAGGAUAUUGAUCCACAUUUGAUUUAUAUUGUUAUUUUAACUGGCAAAGAUGGAAAACAGUAUAUGGACCUCAUCCCUUUGCCUAAUUAUGUUGCUGAUAUCAAUAUGUACCACACCUUCUGA